CUGUUUUGCAAAGCAGCCUGCAACUUGUUGAUCGUCAUUCUUCACUCUACCUUUACUCUACUUUAGUCGCUUUUGGCAAUAACAACCUCAAGAACCUAGCGAUCGAGAUACCUACAAAUUCUUUAGCACUUCUUUCACUACACGCGAAAUGCGCUUAAUAAAGAACAAGGUCGAGCUCAACGGCUCGGGCACCGUCACCCUCUGCCCCGAAGAACCAGAGGACAUGUGGCACGCAUACAACCUAAUCCGCCCCGGCGAUCUCCUGCGCGCCAGCGCCAUCCGCAAAGUUACAACCACCCAAGAUACCGGCUCUACGAUCUCCUCACGAGUUCACCUCAACCUCGAAAUCCGCGUCAAGAACCUCGACUUUGACCCGCAAAGCUCGCAACUUCAUGUUGGUGGGCAGAUCGUCAACGAGACUCCACACACGAAGAUCGGCCAACAUCAUACCCUGGAUCUAGAGUUGAAUCGCAACUUCACGCUCGAGAAAGAGAUCGGGGCCGAUGGGGAGGGUGUGGGUUGGGAUAGUAUUGCGGUCCAGAUGUUGAAGGAUGCAGUGGAUGAGGGUGGGAAUCGGCGGGCUGAGGCUGUGGCUGUGGUUAUGCAGGAGGGGAUUGCGCACAUUUGCUUUAUCGGGCAAUUCCAGACGAUUCUGAAGCAGAAGGUUGAGAUGUCGGUUCCUAGGAAGCGGAUGGGAGGUAGUGAACAUGAUAAGGGCAUGUCUAAAUUCUACCAAACCACGCUAGACACUCUCCUCCGCCAACUCGACUUCAACACCAGCAUCACCUCUAUGACUAGCAGCGAAGGUGUCAGACCAGUCCUCCUCGCAUCCCCGGGCUUCGUCGCCACCAGCUUCCAAAAACACAUCCAAACAGUCGCAACAAACUCACCCGGCCUCAAACGUCUUCUACCCAGCAUCGUUGUCGUUCACUCCGCCUCAGGCUAUCUCCACUCUCUUUCCGAAGUUCUGCAAUCACCCGCCGUGAAAACCAUCCUAGCCGACACCAAAUACGCACGUGAAACCAAGCUCAUGGACGACUUCCUCGAACAACUCCGCAAAGAAACCAACAAAGCCACUUAUGGACCGCGCGAGGUCGAAUCAGCGGUUGACCAAGGCGCCGUUGGUCGCGGGGGUGGUGUCUUAAUCAUUUCAAACCGCCUUUUCCGAUCGCAGGAUGUCGCGGAGCGGAAACGAUGGGUGUCGCUUGUCGAUCGGGUGAGGGAUAUUGAGGGUGGUGACGUUCGUGUUCUUAGUUCGGAUCAUGAGAGUGGGACGAGACUUGAUGGGCUGGGAGGUAUUGCGGCUUUGUGCACGUUUCCGAUUCCAGAUGAGGACUUUUCGGAUGAGGAAUAAGCAUUUUGGUGUUAUUUGCCAUGUUGAAUGAUAUCCGGAAUUAUGUGUCAUGAUAUAUAUAUAUAUCUGGUUUGAGCUGUGGGACUAGACCAUUCUUGCUUGUUUCCGGUUACUAGCGCGAUGCUUGACUGAUCGGGGGUAACCAUGUCUAGAAAGGCAUAGAGAUGGAUUUCUCGCGGCAGGACCAGCCUACCUGUCCUCACUCUAAGCUACUUUCUCCCGAACAGCCCUUUCAACUCCAGCAACACCCACUUCCCCGUCCACUUGCUAUCCAAUACACCCUGUGUAGUCAACCGCUUUUCAGGCUCCUAACGUAACAUAGACUGUAGCAACUCCGUGGGC